AAGCAGACCAGACCCAUGUGCCAGGGAGCACGGCAGAAGGGCUUCAAGCCCAGCUGUGGGGCCGGAGCUCCCCAAGGCUCUGCCCAUGGUCCCCCAGAGCUGUUCAGGCUCCUGGUCACCGACCCCGACCCCAGCCCCGCCCGGAGCCCCCUCCCGCCCCGGCGCCUGCCAGCUCGCAGCUCCUGCCCGCGGCUUUGCCCGGGCGGCCUUUGCGCCUUGGGCAGAGGGGGCAGAGCCCCCCGGGGGGGCAGGGGCGGGGGCAGGCGGGGGGAGCCGGGGAGCGGGGGGGGCCGGGCGGCUCCGGGGCUCCGGCGGCUGAGGGGGGCGGGUGGCAGAGGCGGGGGCGGCUCGGCUGGGUCCCCGCGCCCCGCCGGGACCUGCCGCCCCCCGCAGCCCGCCCCGCAGCCGCCCCCCGCCGCGGGACCCCCGCCGCCCCCUUCGCCCCCGGCCCCCGCCCCGGCCGGGCUCCCCGCCCCGGGCCCCGAGCCGCCCUGCCCGGUCCCCGCCCCGAGGUGCCCGCACACCCCCCGGCUCCGCCGCUCGAGCUCCCCCGUGCGCCCUGCCCCGGGAGGCGGCGGCGGCGGCUCCCCGCGCCCGGAGCUGUCCCUGCCCGCCGCUGCCGGCCAUGCCGGGGCCGCGCCGGGACCGCCCGGCCGUGCUGCUGCUGCUGGGGGCUCUGCUGGCGGCCGACCUCUACUUCCACCUCUGGCCGCGGGCGCGCCGGGAGCUGGCGGCCGGUGCCCCGGGCUGUCCCUGCCGCCGCCCCGCGCCCGCCGCCCCCCCGCCCCGCGCCCGCGCCGCCUCCGCGCUGCGGCGCCUCUUCGCCCACCCGCUGUACCGCGCCGCCGCCCCGCGGGGCCCCGCCGAGCCGCUGCUGGGCGCCCGCGAAGCCCUGCGCUACUACCGGCGGAAGGCGGCUCGCUGGAACAGGAGACACAAGCUUUACAGGGAGGAGCUGAACCUCACCUCCCCAGCAGCACCAGUGCCGCUGCGGCCAGAGGCCAGCUGGCUCCAGUUCCACCUGGGCAUCAGCCGCGAUGGGCUCUACCCGCGCUCCAGCCCCACUGUCAACAGGCUCCUCCGGGACAUGCAAGACUUCACCACUAUCAGUGCCGUUGUGAAGCCCAGCGGUGUGCACCUGAAGCUGGUCCUCAGGUUCCAGGACUUUGGGAAAGCCAUGUUCAAGCCCAUGAGAAACGUGAGGAAGAGACUCCUGAGGAUUUUUUCUACUUUGUUGACUUCCAGCGGCACAACGCGGAGAUCGCUGCCUUCCACCUGGACAGGAUCCUGGAUUUCCGGAGGGUACCACCCACGGUUGGGAGGUUGAUCAAUGUCACUAAGGAGAUCCUGGAGGUCACCAAGAACGAGAUCCUGCAGAGCGUCUUCUUCGUCUCACCAGCCAGCAACGUGUGCUUCUUCGCCAAGUGCCCGUACAUGUGCAAGACUGAGUACGCGGUGUGUGGGAACCCUCACCUCCUGGAAGGGUCCCUCUCUGCCUUCCUGCCAUCCCUCAACCUGGCACCACGACUCUCCAUCCCAAACCCAUGGAUCCGGUCCUACUCGUUUGAUGAAAAAGAGGAGUGGGAAGUGAAUCCGCUCUACUGCAACACGGUGAAGGAGAUCUACCCCUACAGCAACGGCAACCGGCUGCUUAACAUCGUCGACAUGGCCAUAUUUGACUUCCUAAUAGGGAACAUGGACCGUCACCACUAUGAAAUGUUCACCAAGUUUGGGGAUGACGGCUUCCUCUUACACCUGGACAACGCCAGAGGGUUCGGGCGGCAUUCCCAUGAUGAAACCUCCAUCCUGGCCCCGCUUUCCCAGUGCUGCAUAAUAAAGAGGACAACAUUAUUACGACUCCAGCUCCUGGCUGAGCCAGAGUAUCGGCUCAGCGACAUGAUGAGGGAAUCCCUCUUGCAGGACCGCCUGGCACCUGUCCUCACCGAACCCCAUCUCUUGGCUUUAGACAGACGGUUACAGCUUAUCCUGAAAGCCGUGAAGAAAUGCAUAGACACAUAUGGAGAAGCCAAGGUGGUGGCCAAUGACACCACACAGGUCGAGGCUCCUGCAUCCGACAGAGUGAAGUUGUCCACUUAAAACAGUCCUUAACUCGGGCUCAGAGGCAGGGAAAACUCCUGCAAGGCAAGUGACAGGUAUAAUGGCUGGUAAUUUCCAUCUACAAACACCUGCAGAGACAGAGGGGAAACUCUUCAGAAGACCUUCAAGAAUCACGCUGGGCUUCUAUGCUGGGUAUUCAACCAAAGCUGCUGUGCUUGGGCAGCGUGUUGGUAAGUUGUGGUCUGACCACAGCAGACCCUUACACCCGGGACAGCAGCUCCCUGGUGGAAAAGCAGCGAUCUCCUGCUCUGUAGCUGGUCAUGCCCUUGGGAGGGUGGGGGAACACACGGCCGUUUGUUUGCUCAACCGGCACAGGAUCUCGGUCUUGCUAGCGAAGGACACAAACCAGGUCCAAGGAUGAGGCUUGAAUAAAGAGAUGCCAAGAGCAUUUUCCUCUUAUUAAGUCUCUGUUCUGUAAUCAAGACUAUGCAUUGAGAAAAGAGCAGUCUUGCUUCAUGAGGGCAGUACCUGCCACCAAGACAACACGCUGAUUCAGCAUGGUCAGACUGAAGAGCAUCUGCACAGUAUUGACCAUCAGGCCUGUCCACUGCCUCUUGGUCUCACCAAAGUGGGGGGGGCCUCUAGCUCGGGUCAUCUGGCUCCCCAUUUGCUUUAAAGUCACUUAAGUUGUCAAGAGUUCCCUGGAAAACAGAAAUGGUAACCUGCCCCCACCCCACACACCCCUGCAUUUUGAGGAGAUGCAAUAGAAACUGGAGAACAAAAAAGCACGGGGAGGGAGUCACUGCAUAUCUUCCAAUGGGCAGUUUUCCCCAUGCCUCCCAAUAACAAGGCUUAAAAAUAGCUAUUAAAGAGGACUUCAGUAACAAGUUUUUUCCUUUAACUGUUUAAGAACAAUUGCACUGAGCUUUCUGGCAACCUAGGGAAAGUAGUUGAGAACUUUGUUGAUAAUUUGUCAUCUUUAAGGGGAAAAAAAACCCCCAAACCAAACACGCCACAACCAAUGCGCUAGCUCAUUCUAAACUAACCUUGAAGUUAAACAAAUUCCACCCACAGCAUUGCAGGCCUUUCAGAAGAGAAUCCCAAAACCAUAGUACAGAUCUUGUCAGGCAGCAGUUAACAGGUUCUCAGCAAGCUGCUGCACCUAGCGCUGGCUCAUUUUCUCACGGGCUGGACUUUUGCCCAACCUAAAGGGAACUCAGUGAUGCUGUUAAUAAGUGCCUGGAUCAUGCAAGGAAGGAACAAAGCUCGUUUGGCCGCAGCUAUCAUUUUUCACAGGGGACUGCACUGGCACUUCAUUCAGCUCCACUAUAAUUCUACAAUAUACCUGUCUCCACAUUGUAAAAUGACAGGCGAGACUGUAAUUUCUUUAUGUCCCCACAGGUGCCUAUUGUAUUCACUGUAUAUUUGAGGAAGUUUGGAGUGUUUCUAUUUAGCGAAGAGAUUCCUCCAACAUUCUGAAGCCAUGAAGCUUAGCAAAAAACCCCACACAAACCCAGCCAACCCCAAACCCCACACCACAGCCCUUUAGUCGCUCAUGACUUGUGAUUUAGCCAUGUCCUUCCAUUUCCAGCUUUCACAAAAACAGGGGUUUAGACAGUCUUAAUCAAACAAUUCUCAGCACCGGGGGGGCUUACAGGCCUUUGGACUCUUGGGGACAGAGAAUACAUGAAAAUAAAAAGAUUUGACUCACUCUUGGCAUGCGCAGCACAGCAGUUGUUCCAGUACAAGACGCUGUAUUCCCAAAGUUGUAUCUCCCUCUGCCGGCGAUGUUUUACAGGCUUACCACACAUGACAAGUCCAAAAUUAAUUUGAUCAGUCUCAUGGAAUGGUGACUGCUGGCUGGCUGCUUGAACAGGAAGAACAUGGCAACAGAAGAUAAAUGGUAAAAAGUUAUAAGGUUGGAAGGUUUACAUUUUCACUUUCAAUAAUAAGAACUUGCUCUCAGCCUUUUUUUUUUUUUCCAAGGGGAUGGGGGAAAGGGAGGGCAGGAUGAAGGAAAGAAACCCACAGAUACUUAAAUAGCUAGCACACUAACUGGGGUUGCAAGGUUGCCUCUUAUUUUUAUUCUCUUUCACAUGGUAAUUUUUUAACAUAUCUUCAAAGUUGGGUAUUAGCUUUCUCAUAGCUGUAUGUAAAAUGUCCAGUCUGAGCUGCUUCAGGUCAUCACUCUUCAACUUUUUUUUCUUACUUCAUCGAGUAUGAAAAUCCCUCUUUUCUAUUUCUCACUGUCUGUCCACCAGAACUCAUUCAUGAUACGUUCAAAACUUUCAUUAAGGGUAUGCAUAGAUGGGAACAGACACCUUACAGAAGCUUAUGAGCCCCGGUAACAGUGAUCAGGCUGGGAAUUGACAACCUUAGCAGGAGAUCAAAGCAGCGCAAGUUGCUAAGAGAGACUCGGAAAAGACGCAGGUACCUUUACUGCAAAAGCAGUCAUGUGUACGAUGCCAGAACUCGCCUGGAGUUCCUGGGGCACAGGCACAGGCUGGCUCACGGAGACCACGCUCUCCAGCAGGCUCGAGGGGAAGGUGCAGUUGCACUGUACGCUAGGACCUGAACACGAGCCUCCGGAGUUAACACAAAGCUAAUCCAUUAAGCUUCUUAGUUUCUACCACCUCAUUAAUAAUGUACGCCCUGAGGCCAAAGGAAAACACAAUAUAAGGAUGGGAGGGGAAAAAAAAGAGACUGAUUGCAUUUAAGAAUUUAAAUCAUUUUAUUGCUUUACCUGCCAUUAGGACAAUCUAUAACAAAAGGAAUAUAAUAUAUUAGCACAUACAGUAAAUCAGACUUAUAUAGUCAGGUAACAAUACAAAAAUGGUCCUCUGGUUGACUAUAGCUUUCUAGGGCAAUAGACUUCAUAAAUUCGCUAAAGGCGGACUAGCAAAAAAUUACUUCUAAAGCCCUGAAUGUUAGCUAAGGCAAAACUAUGCCAAUUGUGGUUUCAAACAUAUUUAAAUUGCACACAAAGGUAAAGCUAUAACUGUGAUUAAUAUUUAACUCAGACUUAGCUGAUUUAUCUUAAAAUCUUGUAGGUAAAACUACAAAAGGGAGUAAACAGCAAGCUAAAAAGAUGCGGUAGUGAAACUGGAUUAGAAAGCCUUAUAUAAAAAAAAUGUGCAUUUUUUUUGUGGAGCUCUAACUAGUUUACACAGUUUUUGGUGCUUUAAAGUAACACAAAGAAUACAUAUGAAGAAAAAACCUGGAUAGUCAACUGAAGAAAAUAGUUUUACAAAAAAAAAAAAAAAAAAAAAAGACCAAAAAACCAGAAAAGGUAGCAUUUGUUUACUCCUUAA